UUUUUAAUGGAGCCUCUCGGCUAUACAGAAGCGAAGACUUUGGUAAAACCUUUACUGACGUCUCUAAAGUCCUCAAAAACUAUUAUAUUCGUAAAGAAUUCGGCAUUAAUGUUGGCCCAGAAAAUUCCAAAAAGGUAAUUCUAACAGCUGAUGUUUCGAAACUGAAAGCCGGCGGGGCGAUAUUCCGAUCAUCGGACUCUGGGGAGACGUUCGAGUUUAUCAAUCUUCCGUUCCAUCCUUCCCAAGGCAUGACUUUCCAUCCCUCCAACCCAUCCCAGCUGCUGGCCUACUGCAUCAAGCAUUCUUUGUGGCUUUCUCUAAACGUUGGAACAACGUGGAAAAAACUCGAGGAGUCUGUCUACACAUUCUCAUGGGGUCCAGGAAGCACAAUCUUUUACUCUAACAAUCCCAAAGGCAUCUAUGAUGUGAACGCCAGAGGAAACCUGCACCUGCAGAGGACGACUGACCUGGGCAAGUCCAACACCAAGCUCCACACCAACAUCUACUCCUUUGGCUUUGCUGGGCAAUUUCUCUUCUGUUCUGUUAUUCAUAAUCAGAGUCUCCCCAGGUCUAUCCUCGUGUCUGUUGACCAGGGCGACACGUGGAAUGAAGCUCAACUGCCUCCAGUUAGUCACGAACAGUUCUACUCCAUACUCGGGGCAGACAAUGAGAUGAUUUUCAUGCAUGUGGAUGAGCCGGGGAACACGGGCUUUGGUACCAUCUACACGUCUGAUGAUCGUGGGAUCCUCUUCUCUAAGUCUCUGGAGCGCCAUCUGUUCGUGGAUUCCAGUGGAGCCAAUGAUUUCACCAACGUGACAUCCCUGCGGGGAGUCUACAUCACCAAUGUCCUGGACAUAAACAACACUAUCCGAUCAGUGAUCACCUUCGACAGUGGAGGGGAGUGGAGAGCGUUGAAGAGACCAUCCAACAGUCAGUGUGACAAGACAGCCAAAAACCCGGAGCAGUGUAGUCUCCACAUCCACUCCACCUACAGCAUAUCUCAGAAAGUGGACGUACCCGUUCCCCCACUCACUGCACCAAAUGCAGUGGGCGUGGUGAUCGCUCAUGGCAGUGUUGGUGAUGUCAUCUCUACCUUGCUUCCUAAUGUCUACGUGUCUGAUGACGGAGGCUAUACGUGGUGGAAAGCUCUGAAUGGGCCUCACUAUUAUACUAUGUUGGACUCUGGAGGGCUGAUCGUGGCUUUGGAGUCUCACCCAGACAGGGCCGUACAGGUUAUAAAAUACUCGACAGAUGAAGGUCAGUGCUGGCACAGCUACAACUUCACUAAUGAGACCUUCAUGUUUGUGGGGCUGGUGUCCGAGCCAGGGGCCAAGUCCAUGAACGUGAGUCUGUGGGGCUAUAAACAGGAGAAUUUGUACAAAACCACGUGGCUUUCCUACACCAUUGAUUUCAACGAACUUCUGACCCGAGACUGUGACGAGCGAGAUUAUGUGUUGUGGCUGGCACAUUCCACUGAUUUUGGCAGUAGAACCGACGGUUGUAUCUUGGGUUGUAAAGAAAGGUACCAGCGACUGGCAAAGUCCUCAGUGUGCCGGAAUGGACGAGACUAUGAGCUCAGUAAAGAGCAAGCUUUCUGCCAGUGCACUCUGGCCGAUUAUAUGUGUGAUUUUGGAUAUUAUCGUGUGGGAAACGAUGAAAAAUGUGUGGAGCAAUCUGAUCUGAAAGACAAGGUACUCGAGUUCUGCUUGAAAGGGAAAGAGGAGUUACUCAAUACACAAGGAUAUCGGAAGAUUCCUGGAGACAAGUGCGAAGGUGGUUUCAAGCCGACUCGCUCCGAAAGUGUCACAAAUGUAAACUGUGAAGAAUAUUUGGCUUUGGAAGAGACAGCAUCCAAGUCCUCUCUGGUCAUCAUUGUUCUCUGCUCGUUGGUCACGUCAGUGUUGAUAAUCGGAGGCAUCGUCAUAAUUUUCAAGAAAUAUGUGUGCGGAGGGAGGAGUCUUGUUUACCGUUACUCAGUUCUGCAAAGUAACAAUGAUGAGGUGUGCAUCGCUGAUGAUCUGGACAGCAGAAGGUCAAACACAGAAAGAGUUUAUCAUGAUGAUUCCGAUGUUGAUCUACUUGACUGAGCCAUUAAUGGGCUAAAUUUCGCACCAGCAAGCAAUCAGUUGCCAAACUGCAAACUGGUUUGUUUAUCAAGUGCAACCUCUUGCAAACCAAUCCUCGUGCAAGAGUUCUUGUUCAAAACAAUCCUCAGGCAAAAUAGUCCUCGUGCAAAACAGCCCUCGUGCAAAAACAGCCCUUGUGCAAAAAAGCCCUAUGCAAAAACAGCCCUAUGUGGAAAUACUCCUCAUGCACAGACAUCAGAGACUCUUCUUCCUCACACACUCCGCAGUUUUUUUUAUGACAUUUAUCUGUGCAAAUCUAAAUGUCUUAAUGUCCCGAUAAUUAAAAGGUCCAAACAUCCUUUGUUUCUAAGUCAGCUGCCUUUCCUUAUGUCGCUAAGCAGCAGGUGGUGGUGUGGAGAACGAGUACCGUCACCGAAACAUGACGUGAACUUCUCUGUUACUGUGUCUGACUCGCUGCCUGCUUGCGGCACUCUCAAGAUCCACUUCAGACUGGUGUGAUUUCCAACCUAGAAACCGCAUCACCUCAAAGCUAUUAUUUGUUUAUUAGGAACAAAUGCUUCUGAUGUGGGCAAGAACGAUGUCUAUCCCUCUGUCCGUCUUUCCCUUCAUCUGUCUGCUUGAUCCUCUGGGUCUACCUGGCUCUGUGUGUCUGCCUGGCUCUGUGUGUCUACCUGGCUCUCUAUGUCUCUUCACCUCAAGUCUGACCUUUUGGACCAUGCUUUCGGUCACCAUUUCCAUCAGCUCAGGCACCCAGUCAGCAAUGUGAAUGAAGCCUUUGACACGUCCUCCCCAUGUGAAAGAUGCUGUGUAAAUAUGUGAGUGUCUGCUGGUGGAAUGGUGUGAGACAGACAGUUUCUGUAUUUUCACUCUAAAUAAAAUUUUGUCUGUGA